UGAGUGCACGUGACGGUCAGCUGACUCUACCCGGAAGAGCUAAGGAAACGGACAACAUCAAUAACAGUUUUAGAGCAAAAAGGUGAAUUUCUCAGCUAUUUACAGUUUCUGAACGAUGGAGUCGACCCUCGAACAGCAUCUCGACGAUACCAUGAAGAAUCCAGCAGUUGUUGGUGUGCUUUGCACGGACCAACAAGGACACAACCUGGGCUGCCGUGGGUCACUGUCUGAUGAACAUGGCGGGGUUGUUUCUGUUUUGGCCAAACAGGCUGCAGCUCUUACAAAAGACCCGACAGACACCCCAACAGUGUGCCUGGAGUCUGAAUCAGGAAACAUUCUGGUGAGGAGCCACGGGACCAUCACAGUAGCAGUUCACAAGAUUGCAUCUUGAGGACGGACAGCAGACGUUCUGUGUUUGUAUGUAAAGAAAAUGUACAUGUGAACGGAUGACAUAUGGUCACACAAUCCAAACUAAUCAGAGAAAGUAAACUGGAGUUUCUACACUGAUUUGUUGUGUUUUCCAUAUUUCAUAUUUAAACCAGAGGAUGCUUGCAAAUUUUGUGCAAUGCAGUUAUAUUGAUGUCAUGUACAGAACUGCUUCCAUGUCAUGAAAUAUAGUCAUAUUAAAGCUUCGUGCAGUU